AAAUGCCAUGGCGAGGUGCUGGCUUAGCGAUUCCCAUGUUCUCUGUUAGAUCAGAGGCCGAUAUAGGAGUUGGAGAAUUUCUUGAUCUGAAGUUACUUGUCGACUGGGCUGUUGAGUCUGGCUUCCAUUUGGUUCAGCUUUUGCCUGUUAAUGACACAUCAGUGCAUGGUAUGUGGUGGGAUUCAUAUCCAUACAGCUCUCUAUCUGUAUUUGCAUUGCAUCCAUUGUAUCUGAGAGUGCAGGCACUUUCUGAAAGUAUACCAGAAGAGAUCAAGCAAGAGAUAGAGAGGGCCAGAGUACAACUGGAUGGAAAGCCGCCUGGACUGCAUCAUAAUGGGUCUCUAGAGGAGAUCGCCUCUGAUAAAAGACACUCAUUUGUAAUUCUAUUGUUCAAUUCUUCGCAGGAUGUAGAUUAUGAGGCUACCAUGGCUGCAAAGCUCUCAAUUGCUUAUAAAAUUUUUGCCCUAGAGAAGGAUUUGAUACUAAAUUUGAGUUCCUUCCUAGAAUUUUUUUCCGACAAUCAGGAUUGGUUGAAACCCUAUGCGGCCUUCUGUUUCUUGCGUGACUUCUUUGAAACAUCAGACCACAGCCAAUGGGGUCUUUUUUCUAACUUUUCAAGAGAUAAGCUUGAGAAGCUUGUAUCAAUAGAUCGAUUGCACUAUGACACAAUUUGCUUUCACUAUUACAUCCAGUUCCAUUUACAUAGACAAUUGUCGGAAGCGGCUGAAUAUGCAAGAAAGAAAGGAGUGGUGUUGAAAGGAGACCUCCCUAUUGGUGUAGACAGAAACAGUGUGGACACUUGGGUUUAUCCAAAUUUGUUUCGCAUGAACACCUCGACCGGUGCACCUCCUGACUAUUUUGAUAAAAAUGGGCAGAACUGGGGAUUCCCUACUUAUAAUUGGGAGGAAAUGUCCAAGGACAAUUAUGCUUGGUGGCGUGCUCGUUUAACACAGAUGGGCAAGUACUUCACAGCUUAUCGGAUUGAUCAUAUAUUGGGUUUCUUUAGAAUCUGGGAGCUUCCAGAUCACGCAAUGACGGGUCUUGUUGGGAAAUUCCGACCAUCUAUCCCUCUAAGUCAGGAAGAGCUCGAAAGAGAGGGGAUAUGGGACUUUGAUCGUUUGAGCCGUCCAUAUAUUCUGCAGGAAGUUUUAAAGGAUAAAUUUGGAGCUUCUUGGAAUGUCAUAGCUUCUAACUUCAUGAAUGAAUAUCAGAAAGACCGUUAUGAGGUGAUAGUUGUUGUUUAA